AUGGCAGCCACCCCCAUUCUCGACCAAUUUCUCAGCGGUCUUGCCGCCAUAGUCCAAGAUCGCGAUGGCGCCAAGCUACAGGAUUUUCUCCAGAUCGAACCGCCGCUUUCAGAUAUCUACCAGCGAAUGAUUGAGGAGCUCCGUCAGUGCUAUCCACCAGGAUCUCAGAGUGAAACCGUUUUACAGCAACGUUGCGAGGGUUUGGUCCCCAAGACCGAGGGUGGCUCAUCAUGGUCGGCAUUUCCCACAUUCAUGAGACUGUAUUUUACGUUCAUGCGGGACGUGAACGUGGAAAAUCUCCUGGAUACUUACAAUCUGCUCAACGGCCUUUUGAAUCAAUGCGUGCUUGCCCUUGGAGACAGCCAAAUGGGUGUUGUCGUCCUUCCUACCGUGCUCUACCUGUCGAAAGUGCUCGCAAAACUCGCUAUGGGGCUGGACCGACGACCCGAGCUGAUCGCCCACAUACUACGUAUGGAAGGUACAAACGAUCAAGAAAGUAUUGAGAAGGUCACACUGGUUGAAAAAUCGGCAAAUGUGGUUCGGGAAGCCUUCAUUAAAUGCUUGACCGAUCGAAGCGGGACACCAGGUCCACAUGGGAAGCCUGAGGGCAAGCGAAAGGGCAUCUACCUCAUGGCCAACUUGUGUUUGAAACUCCUUUUUCAGUGCGGCAAGCUUCGCAAUGCCGAACAGAUGUUUUCCAGUAUCACUGCCCAGUCCCCUCCACUGGCCCACUUCCCAACCUCGCAGCGUGUUACAUACCUCUACUAUCUUGGUCGCUACCUGUUCUCCAACAAUCUUUUCUACCCCGCCCAAAAUGCCUUCCAGGCCGCCUACGACCAAUGUCAUUGUCAAGCACUCAGUCAACGCAACCUGAUUCUCACAUACCUGAUCGCAUGCAAUAUUAUCAUGGGCCGGUUUCCGUCUCGCGCACUCCUGGAGCGCCCUGAAGCACAAGGGCUAGCCGAACAAUUCAACCCCUUAUGCCGCUUGAUUGUUCGUGGAGACUACCUGGCCUUCCGCGAGCACCUCUCGCUCGAUUCACCCACUUCUCAUUGGUUUGCACGCAAAGGUAUUCUGCUCACUCUGCGCAACCGAUGUGAGAUCCUAGUCUGGCGGUCAUUUUGUCGCAAGGUCUUUAUUCAUGCGGGAUAUCUUGGGGACCCGCAAGCGCAGGCGCAGCGCGGUCCUCCCCCAUUCCUCUAUCUUCAGAAAUUGUUAGUGGCCACUCGCUGGCUCCAGCAGAAACACAAAACGCCAGUGGCAAAUGGAAUUGGACAUGCGAGCGAAAACUUCAGUGCCUAUGGCUCUCAGACCGUUUUGACACAGGCGGACCCUGAAUUCUCCGGGCUUACUGAUUUCGACACCGUGGCAGCCCCGGAUGCCGAUCAUGAAAUCCUUGAGAAGUACGGAGAUUAUCUCGCACCCGAUGGAUUUUUUGACGAAGACGGCAACUGGCAAGAUAAUGUGUCCGGGAGUCUGAUCGACGGUGACCCUGAUGCAAAUUAUGACGAACGCUUACUCAAUCCCUAUCCCAAUUCCGCCUAUACGGAGCAAGCAAACCAACCGUCGCUGCUGAUGCGUGAACUCGAGUCCAUCCUCGCUUCUUUGCUGGCACAGGGCCUCAUGCGUGGCUAUCUCACCCACCGCAGUCCCCGGUUUGCUAUUCCUGGGGCUCGUUUACGCGGGGCCCUCCCCACCGGGUUCCCCAAUGUGUGGCAAACCAUCUCCACACGCGAACAGGAAGAUGCUCACGUUCCUGGAUGGGUGAAACUCCCCGAUCCGGCCGCACUGAGUGCCGGUCCAUUGAUGGGAGGUGGCCGUGUGGUCAAUCUUUCCGGAGCGCGACCGGCAGGUGCUCCGUGA